AAAAUAUGGCGGUCCUGUGGAUGUUUCGACAGAAAGCAAACAAAAAGAUUAUUUAUUUUUCUGAUAUUUUUCGUUAUUUAAUAUGAGUGAUGAAGAAGAUGUUCUUCUCAACGAAGAUAAAGAUCAGGAUCAAAUUAGGGCGGAACUUUCACAAAUGAGUUUUGAAAAUUUACAAAAACUCAAAGAAAAAUUAGGUAGUAAAAUAUAUAAAGAAACGUUGUUUGGUCCACGAAAAGUUAAAAAAAUUAAUUUCAAACGGGAAAAUAAAAAUAGACCUCGUGAAGAAUCUGCAAAAAAACCUGUUUCUCGAUUUAAAGAAAUAAUACAUGUGAAAAAAAAUAUUCCAAGAGAUCCUCGAUUUGAUAGUUUGUGUGGUACAUUUGAUCAAAAGCGUUUCAAAAAAGCUUAUGGAUUUAUUACAGAAAUGAAAGAAAAUGAUUUAAAAGAAUUGAGAAAGCAAUUAAAGGAUACUAAAGAUCCAAAAAAGAUAAAAAAAAUUAAAUAUCUUAUUCAACGAUUGGAAAAUCAAUUACACGAAGAGAAAAGAAAACAGGAAGAGGAAGAAAAAAAAUAUCAAGAAAAGAAAGAGGUUAUUGAGAUUAUCAGACGUGGUGAAAAACCUGUAUUUAAAAAGAAAUCGGAAAAACGAUUUUUGAAUCUAGUUUCUCAAUAUGAGGAAUUGAAAAAUAAAGGUAAAUUGAAGAAACACAUUCAACGAUUACGUAAAAAAAAUCUACAUAGGGAUAGACAAAAAUUGACAACAGCAGAACUUGAAUGAAAGAACACAAAAGUAUUUGUGUGAAAUUAAAAUUUAUACAAAUGAAAUAUGAUUGGAAUAAUUACAGAUAUAUAAGCAUAAUAAAUGCUACAACAAUUAAAA